UUGCAGCUCAUAGCCGUAUGUAUAUUGGCAUCAACAUGUCAAGCUAUAUUCCCGUUUCAUCAUCACCACCACCACCAUCUGGCUGUGUCGCAUCAGGACGUAAAAAAGAAUGACGGACUCCAACAUCCUGUCAUUAUUCCUCAUGCUCCUGUUCAUCACGUUUCUUUUCAUCAUGAGUCCAUCCAUCACAUCCCAUAUUCACACUAUGUGCCAAUCCAUAACGAAGCUCAUCAUGAUCACUUUGCAUUUCCCGAAUACAACUUUGCAUACGCAGUCCACGACCACCAUACAGGUGACGUAAAAUCUCAGCAUGAGUUCCGUCAUGGAGAUCUUGUGAAGGGAGGCUAUGAACUGUUUGAACAUGACGGCCGUUAUAGAAAGGUGGAGUACAAAGAUGAUGACCACACUGGGUUUAACGCAGUGGUUCAUCACUCGUCACCUCAUCAUCAUGUUCACGUGUUACAGCAUCACUUUUAA